UCUCUUGUUUUGUGUUUUGCCGUGUGAAUUAAAGAUAAUUAUAAAAUAAAGUUACAUUAAAUCGUUCAUUCUAACUGAAAGACGCUACAAACAAUAAUAAUAAUCCAUCCAAAAAGCAAAAAUAAUAAUAUGACGCAGCCGUUUGCACCAGACUUUGUCUGCGAAGACGCCGCUGGCAUUAUCAGUCGCACAACAAACGCUGACCAGAAAGGAACAUCAGGGCGGCUAUACACAUCAACUCCGUACAAAAACAACGCAUUCGGUUUUUGUAAUUUAGCCAAACAAGCGGCCACUGGCACUUCAAAGCACUACAAUAUUUGUGUGGGUGGUAGAGCUGCUGGCAGCGGGCACAGUGUCGCGACCUUCGAUCCGCGUUUAAAAACAUUGCUUUUAUUGUUUGCCAUAUUGAUUAUCGGCUUCAAGAGCGUAAUACUAGCAAUGCCUUAUAUAAAUGCGAGCAGUGUACACCAGCUCACAAGCUACGUGCAAUCGCAGCUGAGCGCCGCUCUAGAAUGGUCACAGGACAAUCAAAUCCCCUCCAAGAUAAGCCCUGUAGUUUGUGGACUGAUUGUGGCUAUUGUCUCCUACGCUUUGGUCUAUCUAGACAGUGCAGUACCGGGGGUUAGUCCACCCACACCUUUCUCGCCACGUUCCAAGCAGCGCUUUCGACAACAGCGCAACUCAUCUUUGCAUUUGAACUAUAUUUGUGCCUUGGGUGCCGGUCUUGUCGUUGGUUUCUUGAUGUAUGUGGAUUUGUAAUUUAUUUCCCCAGCGGGCUUUUACAACCAGUUAGUCAAUUCUUGUAUCAGUAUUAGAGUUUAAGUCGGUAAACGCACAAUGCAUCUGAAUUUCUCUAUAUGUACAUCAUUCGUUUUACUUUACAUUAUGUUUAUGUAAUUGGUUUUUUUUGCGAAGUCCUUGUAACUGUGCAAUGCUCCUUAAGUUAAACUAAAUACAGUGUUUCAUGAAUUUAAAAGAAGCAGUAGAAGCUAUUUAAAACGUAACUGUGGCAACUAAAGCGAACUAAUUAAUAUUAAGUACAUAAAUUAUUCCUACUAAUCCAUAGCAUCAUUGAUUCCACUCUUCAUAAAUUAAUAUUACUAAUAUUUUAUGUAAGAUGAAAGUACAAAUUAUGUAAAAUUUAAUAUCUGCAGAAAC